UUCUGGAAAUUUAUUUUUGCAGUGUGCAGCAUUACAACGAACCUUUUCCAAUAGACUGAUUAAUUUAUUAACGGAACUUCGAAACGCUAAUGUGAUAGUGAGUGAUCCGAUUGAUGUGUUUCUUGCAUGGUUUCAUUUUAUUUUGAGAGAAGAAAAGUGCGAAUGGAGCCGAAUUCCUUUCAGGAACAAGAAAACGACAUUACGAAAAAUUAUAACGGAAAAAUCUUGAAAAUAUAAGAAGAAAACGACGAUUGAGAGAAAAAUAGAGUGUUUUUUGCGAUACGAUUCCGUUUAUUUCUUGACCAUUUUCCUACCUCGCGCUGGUGUGUGCGCGCGCGGAGGACAGUGUGAGAGUUUUGAGCCUGAAAAUCUCGGCAGUGUGACUCGGGUAUCUGAUGAAAAUACUGAUUUUCCUCUGAUUUUUCUUCACGCUGAACCCUUAAAUAGGAAAAAAGCCUUUCCUCAUAAGGCACUGGCACGGACGGUGGAUAGCAAAAACGGAAUUCCAGCAUGGCGCGGUUAUCGGUGUGGGUCCUUUUAGGACUUGCACUAUUCACACUGUCGGUGCACGACUACAAAGUUAAAGCAGAAGUCCCAACAGAAUAUGAAUGCCGGCCAUACAUCGAAAAAGCAUUACACGAACUAAGGACAGGAGAGCCGACGAGUAAAGAGGAAUUAGCGACAGAAGAAGCGAGCAGUACAUAUUCACCGAUCGACGUAACUAGCCAAGAAGAGGAAGACAACACUGCCGCCGAGGAGACCAGUAUUGAGCAAGACGUUCCCGAACCCGAACUGCUGACCCCAUCGGAGGAGGUGCAAGAAGCAUUAUUCGAUGAUUCCACCGAACAACCCGCCGAGGGAAGUGAGGAAAAUGCCGAGGAAGAAGAAGAAGAAGUAACUGAAGAAGAAACAGCGGAUGCUGAAGAGGAGGCAGAAGAACUAGAAGAUGAUGAACAAGCCGAUGAAGCUGUAACCGAGAGUCAGGAACAGGAAGCUGAGGCCGCCGAAGAAGACGUCACCGAAGAAGUAGAAGAGGAUGAAGCAACAAGUGCCGAAGUUGAGGAAGCUGAUGAAGAGGCCGCACUUAGCGAAGAAGCUGUCGAAGAGGAUGACGACACAGCAACCAGUCAAGAAGAUGCGACCCUAAGUGAAGAGGCCACUGAGGACGAGGAAAAUGGAGACGCCGAUGCCGAAGCAGAACAAGACGACGACGAAAACGGGGAAGCCAAGGAUGAAGACGACGAAGACAAGACUGAGGACGAUGCCGAUGACGAAGAAGACGAUGAAACGACAUUGAGCGGCGAAGAGGAAGAGUAUGAAGAAGAAGAAGAGGUAGAGGAAGAAGAAGAGGAGGAAGAAGAAAAUGGGGUAGGUGAUGAAGAGGAGGAUGAUGACGCGGAACAAGAUGAUUUUGACGAAAAUGGACAGGAAGAUGAUGAGACUGAAGAUGACGAAGAAACUGAGGUAGAUGACGAGGAAGAGGAUGAUCAAACCUUGAGCACUGAACAGGAAGACGACGAAGAUUUAGAUCAAGAUGAGGAAGACGAUGUAGACCUCACUGAAGACGAUGAGGAAGAUGAUGAAGAUGGGGAAUAUACAUUGAGUGUAGAACAGGAAGAAGAUGACGCUGAUAUUGAGGCUAGUAGCGAAACGGAUCAGGAUCAAGAUGAGGAUGAAGAUGAUAAUCAGGACGUUGAACAAGACGAAGAUUAUGAGGGUGGAGAUGACGAUGAGACUGACGACGAUGACGAUGAUGAGGAAGAAGAAGUAGGAACAGCAGAAGAUGAAGAGGAUGAGUCCGAAACGUUGAGCGAAGAAACGGAACAAGAUAUCGAUGAUGACGACGAACCAACAGCUAGUGCCGAGGAAGAGGAAGGCGAGGAGGAACCGUUGACCGAAGUUGAUAAUGAAGCUGCAGUAGAAACUGAAGCAAGCCCAGAGGUCGUUGAUGAAGCUAGUCCAGAAGUUGAAGAAGAGCCAACUGCACCGAGUGAAGAAGUUAUCGAAGAAAGCACCGAAGCGGCAGAAGAAGUUGUUGAAGAGCCAACUGUACCGGUGGAAGAACUUGCUUCUGAAGAAGCUGCAGUUGACGAAAUUGCAUCUACUGAAGAUGACCAAUCAACUGCAGAAGUCGUGCCAGAAAGUGCCGAACUAGUUCAAGAGACUACCGCAGAAGAAUCAGCAGAGGAAGCUGAGGCUGUGUCCGAGCCAAUCACAGAAGAAGUCAGCGAAGAAAUUGCAGAAAAGGUAGAAACUACACCUGAAGAGGCCGUGCCAGCUUCGGAUGAUACUGUGGAAGUUGUUUCACAAGAAAGUGUCGAAGAAUCGGAACCACUCCCAGAGGAAGACCUGUUACUGGAGUACGAAAUCCCAUCGAACCUUAGAGAUACUUCGCACAUUUACGAAUUGCUACACAUCAACGACCAAUCUACCGAAAAGGAACAAGCCCUCCAGAAAGUCGCUGACGUUAUCUUGCGCGAUCUGAAGAAAACGUAUGACACCGCCAUCAAACCGCUGGAAACUCUGUACAAAUACCGUGAUCUCAGUAAUCGCCACUUUGGCGAUCCAGAAAUUUUCUCCAAGCCGCUUGUUCUAUUCAUGGGCCCAUGGAGCGGUGGAAAGUCCACUAUUCUGAACUAUCUUACUCACAACGAAUACACUCCGAAUUCAGUCCGAACUGGUGCGGAGCCAUCCCCAGCUUAUUUCAACAUUCUAAUGCACGGUGACGAACCAGAAGUGCUGGAUGGAACUCAGCUGGCUGCCGACUGGACCUUCUCCGGAUUGCAGAAAUUCGGCCAAGGACUUUUGGACCGUCUGCGAGGUCAUAAGCUGCCAAACAAACUUCUUGAACGGGUCAACAUUGUUGAAAUUCCUGGAAUUCUUGAAGUACGUAAGCAGGUUUCCCAGUACUUCCCGUUCAACGAUGCCUGCCAGUGGUUUAUUGAUAGGGCUGACAUUAUCUUCCUGGUAUACGAUCCUUCCAAGCUCGAUGUCGGACCUGAAACUGAAGCCAUUUUGGAUCAACUCAAGGGAAGAGAAUAUCAGACCCGCAUUCUACUCAAUAAGGCUGAUCAAGUGAAACCGGAAGAGCUGCUCCGUGUCCAGGGUGCCCUGAUUUGGAACAUUUCGCCGCUGAUGUCCUCUGCGCAGCCACCAGUGAUGUACACCGUCUCCUUGUGGUCCAAUCCUUACGAAACCGGAGCACCAGUGCGUCUUCUGCAAGCUCAGGAACGUUCUCUCCUGCUCGACUUAGGCCAGGCCAUCGAUAAGAGAAUCGAAAAUAAGAUCGCCAGUGCACGUCGUUUUGCUGUUCGUGUGCGCAAUCACGCCAAGAUGGUUGACUGCUACCUUACGACCUACUACAACCACAAGACCCUAUUCGCGAACAAAAAGCAAAUCUCCGAGCAGAUCAUCGGUAACCCGCAACAGUACCACAUCUAUGAGGGCUUGUCCACGCUAACCAACAUCUCCCGCUACGACUUGCCGGAUCCGGACGUAUACCGUGAUUUCUUCCACCUGAACCCGCUGUACGAGUUCCAGAAGUUGUCCGAGACGUGCACGUACUUCCGUGGGUGUCCGAUCAACAAGUUGGACAUUGCCAUCGCGUACGACCUGCCCGAGCUGGUCGGCAAGUACAAGAAGAUGGCCGAUGCAGCGUUGGAGAAGCUGCAAAUCCCAUCGCCAACUACUGAUUUCGGUCGAGGAAAAUCAAGCAGUUGAGUGUGAUACGAGGAUGUGGGUGGCGAGUAUCUCGCCCAAAACACCCACCACUCCACCCUACGCCCAUGUUUACCUUUUCGAUGUUAUUGUUUCUUUCAUACACGUGCAAUCGUUGAAUUUUUGUUUCCAAUUGUCAUACACAUUUGUUUCGUUGCGAUACCUAUAUAUCUGUUUAACUUUAGGCGUAGUGCACGAGUAAGCGAGCAUUACACAUAUGUGCCACGAAUACAAAUUGCUCACAUGAAAGUGAACGAAUGAUUGAUCUAUAUAAAUUGCAACCUAUCAUUCAAAGCAACGCAUUAGAGAAACGAGCUUAUGUUAUUUUAAUAAUACUUUCUUGUUCUGUAGAAACGUAGGAUUUAUUCCCAUCAUUCGAAUUUUCAUGAUAAAAACGGAAACACAAUACGAAAAAUACGGUAUCCUCGAAUUUUAGUCAUGUUUUGGAAACAUGUGUCAUGAACAACGUAUUCUAGUCAUAUUUGAUUUUCUUGCGAGAGGCUGAGGAAAAAAUAAUAAGCAAGACAUAACCUCUUCAUUUGAUGAACAUACAUGCUGGGUGUUGGUGCACUAUAAUCAACGAGGGAGACGCCAUUUUUGUUCAUAACAGCCAUUUGAAACUACGUUUGUUUCCGACUAUCAGCCAUUAAAUACAUAAUACAUAUGUAUACAAAACAGUAUAGAAAGAUGAAAACGCAUCAGUCAAAACGUGUCAGCAUUUACAAUUGCAAUUUGUGCAUGGAGCUACUGUAACACUACAAAUAUUCUUGUAACAGCCCAGUUGAUCAGAAAUAAAAGAUUGAAUAUCAUCGAAA